UUCAAUAACUUCAAGAGAAAUAUGGCUGAAAGAGUGAGAUACUUCUUGGAACAGUCUGUUCCUGAACUUGAAGAUCUUAAGCGUAAAGGGUUAUUUGAGAAACAAGAAAUAACCAUGAUUAUGAGAAGAAGAACUGAUUUUGAGCAUAGAAUACAAGGUAGAGGAAGUCAACCAAGAGAUUUUCUUAAAUAUGGAGAAUUUGAAUUUAAUUUAGAAAAAUUAAGAAAGAAAAGAUAUGCUAGAUUAUCAAAAGUAGGAUUAAUUGAAACUAAACCAAGUAUUAGUGAUUGGGCAGGAACUAGAAGAAUAUUAUUCAUCUUUGAUCGUGCAACUAGAAGAUAUCCUGGAGAAUUAGAAUUAUGGGCUCAAUAUUUAAAAUUUGCAAAGAGUAAUGGAGCAAUUAAAGUGAUUUAUAAAGUUUAUUCUCGUCUUUUACAAUUACAACCAAGAAAUGUAGAUGCUUGGUUAUCAGCUGCUAAAUAUGAAUUUGAAACAAAUGCAAAUGCAAAGGGUGCAAGAGUUUUAUUUCAAAGAGGUUUAAGAUUAAAUCCAGAAUCAUUACAAUUAUGGUUGAGUUAUGCACAAUUUGAAUUAACUUAUAUUUCUAAAUUAUUAGCCAGAAGAAGAGUCUUGGGUCUUUUAACUGAAAAACAGCAACAAGAUGAAUUAGAAAGUGAACAAGAAAAAAGGGCAAAAGAAAUAAGUAAAUCAAUCACUUCUAAUGAAGAUGAAGAAUUUAAUAGUGAUGUUAUUGAUUUACCAUCAAAUGAAACAAUGAAAGAUCAAUUGAAUCAUUUACCUGAAGUAGAAAUGAAUGUCUUAGGAAAUCCAGAAACUAAUCCAGCCUUAAAAGGUGAUGUAGCAUUAACAAUAUUUGAUUUAUCUAUACCAGCCUUAUUGAAACAUGUACCUGAAUAUUCUACUUUAAUUAAUAAAGUUGAUAAGACUUUUGAUAUUGCUGAUAAAUUCUUGAAAUUAUUCGAUAAAUUUGAAGAUUUAAAUAGAGAUUAUUUACAAUAUCAUAUCUUGAAUUAUUUGCAAACAAAUUAUCCAAAAGAUUUAAGAACUCUUUUGAUUGACAUUACAUUACCAAUCAGAAAUAUAGUGGUUUCAUCUUCUAAUUUAUCUGAAAAUUUACAAUUAUCAGUCAAUAAGUUCAUGGCAUAUAAAUUAAAAUUACUUGAUUUGCAAGAAAAAGAUACUUUAACUAACAUGUUUGUAAAUCAAUUAACUAAUCAAUUCUUGAAUGAUGAAGAACAUUCAAGAUCUGAAAAGAUCGAUGCCUUAUUAAAGGCAAUCAUCAAAAAAUGUAGAACUAAUUAGUUAGAUCAUUUAAAAUAGACAAAUUGCAUAUAUAUUUAAUCAUACUCCUUUAG